AGGCUGCUCGGAUAAAUAAUGUAUGUCUGGUAAACGAAUCUUGGGGUAGAUUUAUAACUUUUGAGCCUUUCAAACAGUUUGUUAACCAUUUUGACGAGCUAGAAUCAAAGUUCCCAUAUAAUGCGUGUGAAACAAAAAGGAUAUCAUGGCGACUUGUGUCGAUAACGUGACUGAUUUAUUCCGUACAGAUCAACACUAGUUCAUUUAUUUUGAGACAAAAAAUUAUACGGCGGCGACCAGCAAGUCUCAAGGACAAACCGCAGAUCAAGAGCACCGACAUUCUGAGCUGAUGGAUCAAUACCAGAUGAACCUGUUUAAUCAGACGUGCUGGAACUGUUCUACUAGUUUACCUAAGCAAACGACUCCAGAAUAUACUCGCACCAGUGAACUCUUAACUAAGAAUGAUGCAAUUAUCCUCACCAUAAUUUGCGCCUUAGCCAGCGUGAUCGGCUCCUUAGGGAACUCUCUCGUCCUUGUUACCGUGUCCAGCAACAAAAAUCUUCGCACGAUUCCCGAUCUUUUCAUCACAAGCCUGGCGUUCUCAGACUUCACAGUCUGUGCAAUAUUUUUACCCAUGCUGGUAUACGACUUCAAUCAAGACGCUGAUGAAAAAUCGGAAGCCGAACUGGCAAAUUUUGAUCUGGUGAGAAGUUUCUUGGGGCAUACUUCUAUGGUUGCAUCCGCCACCAAUAUGUUUGCGGUGACAGUUGAUCGCGUCAGUGCCAUCAGAUUCCCAUUCAGGUAUGCCUUCAUGGCCACCAAAAAUGCAUUGGUAGGAAUACUGGUUGUCUGGAUCAUUUCUAUCACAUUCGGUGUCCUUUACGCUCCUAAUUUGGUGUCCAGAAUAUAUAUUGCUCUUUACUGCUCAGUUUUGCUGAUCACAACAAUGAUCGUGUAUGUCUACAUCUUCAUCGUCGCAAAACGGCAGGAAAACAGAAUUCAAAGCGUGCAGAUGGGAACAGAUGGCGUCUUGGUAGAGAAGAAGGUGGCCAAGACCAUUUUCACAGUGGUCGGAGUGUAUGCGUUGUGUUGGUUACCUUUGCUUCUGCUUCCAGCCAUCAUCGAUUUUAAAGCAAAACCAGAUCAGUUUGGAAAAGGCUUCAACUGGGCCCACUCAGCGCUGUCUUGUAACUCAGCAGUAAAUCCCUUCAUUUAUUGCCUGAGAAGCUCGAAAUAUCGUACAGCGUUCGGCAAAAUUCUGCGAAUAGAACGAUGGAACGGCUAGCAGGGAACAAUGAGCCCUAUCAUUCGAAAUGACAUGAGAUAAUGAUAGGUGAUCAAGACUGUUAAGUCGUGAGUAUGGAUGGUUAUCUGUCGAUAUUUUAUUUCUUUACCAGCAGCACCAAUUACAGAGUUUGAAUAGUGACCUGUUUCAAAUAACUUUUGCUAGAUACUGCUUCUAAUCAUUUUAUUCUGUAACUCUACAAAUCGUCGGAAAUCCCCUUUUAAAGGAGUGCAAAGUCUAUGGAGUUCCAUUGUACAUAGAUUACCCCUUGUAUACUGUCCAGCUAUUUUGCCAGGACACUUGACAUGCUUGUCAUUGCAAAAACAUAACAAAACAAAACGACAGUUUGUAUUUAUUGGAAAAAUGUGUAAAAAGUGUGUUUCUUUUUAAACUUUCCUUUUAGUACGUAUGUUGCAGCGGAAUUCAGACAGAUUUCGAGUCACGAUCCAAAUAGACGAUUUUAACUCGAGGUCGGCAAAAGGGUCUUAAGUG